AUCUCUCUCUGCGAAUUCAAGUUUGACAUGACGACGCCGGAGAACGAUCCUCAACUAGAUCCAACGGCGGCACAGAAUUUUCCAUUCUCUCUCCCUCCGUACCCCAAGAUGAUUAUGGAAGCGAUCGAAGCAUCAAACGACCCGUACGGAUGCAGCAAAACGGCGAUUGCAAAACACAUCGAAUCAACUAAGAUCACUUUACCUCCGUCUCACAUGACGCUUCUCAAUUUCCAUCUCAAUCAAAUGAAACAAUCAGGUCAGCUCAUGGUUUUCAAAAACAAUUACAUGAAACCAGAUCCUAAUGGUCCUCCUAAACGCGGCCGUGGCCGUCCUCCGAAGCCUAAACCGGAAGCCGGUUCAAGUAACGCGGCGGCGGUUCCAGCUCCGUCAACUUAUCCGUCGAGGCCUCGUGGUCGUCCUCCAAAGUCUAAGGAGGCUCCGUCAGAGCCAAAAGAAAAAGCACCGAGUGUUUCGGGAAGGCCACGUGGACGACCACCGAAGAAGCAGAAGACGGAAUCAGAGACGGUUAAGGCGGCGGAUGCACCGAAGGCUAAGCCUGAAGGUGAGCGUAGAGGUCGUGGAAGGCCACCGAAAGUGAAACCAGCGAUGGUUCCUGUUGGUUGUUAGAGUAAAAUGCAAAUGCUCCU